GCAAGCACCUCCGGUUCCUCCGCCAGCUCGUCCGGCCAACGAUGGGAAGAAGCUCGCAGGGGAGGUGGACGAGUUCGCCUGUUGGGAGCGGGCUUCUCAGACACCUGCAGAGCUUCGGUUGGACUCCGGCGAGUGCUGGCGCGGCUACAACUUCGGGGCCAAGCGGUCCAUUGCGGGCGAGGUGGUCUUUGCAACGCCCAUGAUGGGCUACCCCGAAUCUCUCACGGACCCUUCCUUUGCAGGUCAGAUCCUGGUUUUGACGUAUCCCCUGGUUGGCAACUAUGGCGUCCCUCCGGAGGAGGAGGAUGAGAAGGGCAUGCCGCGGUACUUGGAGGGCAGGAAGAUCUACCCUGUGGCGGUGGUUGUUUCAGAGUACUCCUUCGUGGCCUCCCACUACGCUGCUGUGAAGAGUUUGUCUCAAUGGCUGGAGGAGCACAAGGUGCCGGGGAUCUUCGGCGUGGACACGCGCGCCAUCACCAAGAGGCUUCGCGAGGAGGGCUCCGCACUCGGCGCCGUGGUGGUCGGGUCCGACCCCGCGCCGGAGUGGGAGAACCCGAAUCUGCGGAACCUCGUGGCGGAGGUGUCGGUGUCCAGCCCGCAGAUGUACGAGCCGGAUGCAGGCGACGCUGAGCCGCCCCUCAUCGUGGCGGUGGACUGCGGCAUGAAGUUCAACAUCGUGCGGUACUUUGUGUAUUACUUGCGGGUCCGGCUGAGGGUGGUGCCCUGGGACUACGACUUCUCCAAGGACGAGUUCGAUGGGCUCUUCAUCAGCAACGGCCCGGGAGAUCCGGAGAAGUGUGAGGCGACCGUGCAGUGCCUGCGGCGGGUGAUGCAGGAGCGGCCGCAGGUCCCGAUCUUCGGCAUCUGCCUGGGCCACCAGCUGCUGGCGCUGGCGGCGGGUUGCAAGACCUACAAGAUGAAGUUCGGGAACCGCGGGGUGAACCAGCCCUGCGUGGAUCUGCGCACGGGCCGGUGCUACAUCACCUCCCAGAACCAUGGCUUCGCAGUGGACGACACCCAGCUGCCGCCUGGCUGGGAGCCUCUCUUCGUGAAUGCCAACGACGGAUCCAACGAGGGCAUCGGCCACAAGGAGAAGCCCUGGCUGUCGGUGCAGUUCCACCCUGAGGCGUGCUGCGGGCCGGUGGACACGGCCUUUCUCUUCGACGAGUUCUUCAAGGUGCUGCGUGGCGCCUCGGGCCGGAGCCUGACCACGGUGAGCUACAAGCACCCGCAGGCCAUCAGCAAGGUGCUGGUGCUGGGCUCUGGCGGCCUAACCAUCGGCCAGGCGGGGGAGUUCGACUACUCGGGCAGCCAGGCCAUCAAGGCGCUGCGGGAGCAGAAGGUGCAGAGCGUGCUUAUCAACCCCAACAUCGCCACCGUGCAGACCUCGCGGGGCCUGGCGGACCAGAUCUUCUUCGUGCCCGUGACCCCCGAGUUCGUGACGAAGGUCAUCGAGAAGGUGCGCCCGGACGGGCUCUUCGCGGCCUUCGGCGGCCAGACGGCGCUGAACUGCGCGGUGCAGCUGCACCGGAGCGGCGUGCUGCAGAAGUACGGCGUGCGGGUCCUGGGCACGCAGAUCGAGUCCAUCGUGGCCACGGAGGACCGCGAGAUCUUCAAGGCGGGCGUGGAGAGCAUCGGCGAGCAGUGCGCCAAGUCAGCCUGCGCCAACACCAUGGAGGAGGCGCGGCAGGUGGCCAAGGAGAUCGGGUUCCCGGUGCUGGUGCGGGCCGCCUUCGCACUGGGCGGGCUGGGCAGCGGCUUCGCCAGCAACGAGGAGGACCUGGACGUGCUGCUCACGCGCGCCUUCGCCACCUCCUCGCAGGUGAUCAUCGACGAGUGCCUGAAAGGCUGGAAGGAGUUGGAGUACGAAGUGGUGCGCGAUGCUAAGGACAACUGCCUGGUGGUGUGCAACAUGGAGAACCUGGACCCCAUGGGCGUCCACACGGGGGAGUCCAUCGUGGUGGCACCCUCCCAGACACUGAACAACUUCGAGUACCACCACCUGCGGGCGGUGGCCAUCAAGGUGAUCCGGCACUUCGGCAUCGUGGGAGAGGCCAACAUCCAGUACGCCCUGGACCCGCACUCGAGCCAGUACCGCAUCGUGGAGGUGAACGCCCGGCUGUCGCGCAGCAGUGCUCUGGCCUCCAAGGCUACGGGCUAUCCGCUGGCCUACGUGGCCGCCAAGCUGGCUCUGGGCCACGACCUGGUGAGCUUGCGCAACAUGGUGACCCGGUCCACCACGGCCUGCUUCGAGCCGUCCCUGGACUACUGCGUGGUGAAGAUGCCCCGCUGGGACAUCGACAAGUUCCCCACGGUGGAGCGGACCCUGGGGACGCAGAUGAAGUCCGUGGGCGAGGUGAUGUCCAUCGCGCGCUCCUUCCCCGAAGCCAUGCAGAAGGCGCUGCGCAUGGUCAACGAGGGCUCGGUGGGCUUUGACGAGAGUUGGUACCUCCGAGCGCGGGCGGGAGCGGCCGUGUCCAAGGAUGGCAACAUCGAAGAGGAGUUGCAGAAGCCUGGGCCGCUGCGGAUGUGGGCCAUCGCGCAUGCGUUUCAGCAGGGCUUCACGGUGGAGACCGUCCACGCGCUGACCAGGAUCGACCGUUGGUUCCUGGGCAAGCUCUUCUCCGUCCAUCAGGCGCGGAAGCGCAUGGAGUCUCUGGGUAGCCUGGAGAAGCUGACAGAGGCCGGCCCAGAGUUCCUGAGGAGGAUGAAGCAGCUGGGCUUCUGCGACCGGCAGAUCGGUAAGGCGAUCAAGGAUUCGGACUUGGCCGUCAUGCAGCUGCGAGCUGGCUGGCACAUCAGGCCGUGUGUGAAGCAGGUGGACACGCUGGCUGCGGAGUUCCCAGCGCAGACGAACUACCUGUACCUGACCUACGUUGGGGAGGAGAACGACGUGGUGCCGCUGGGCAACGAGCAGCUGGCGGCGCACAAGGCCGCGCUGUACGACACGGCCUUCGGCAGCCGACUGGAGGAGAGCGGGUUCCAGCUGCCGGACAAGAUGCAUGCCCGGGCGUCCCCGUGCCAGAAGGCGAAUGCCAGCCCCAUGUGGAAGGGCAAGGCCAGCAAGCAAGAGCCGCCUCCGCUGGAGCUGGUGCCAAGCCAAAAGCCGGAGGUGCCGGCGUACAUCGUGCUGGGCUCCGGGUGCUACCGGAUCGGGGCCUCGGUGGAGUUCGACUGGAGCGCGGUGAGCGCGGUGAGGACCAUCCGGCAGACCGGACACCGGGCCUUGGUGAUCAACUGCAACCCGGAGACGGUGUCCACAGACUACGACGAGAGCGACCGCCUGUACUUCGAGGAGCUCACCUUGGAGACCGUGGCGGAGAUCGUCCGCUUCGAGCAGCCAGAGGGCACCGUGGUGUCCGUGGGCGGGCAGACGCCCAACAACCUGGCGCCCAAGCUGGACCAGCUGGGCAUCCGCAUCCUGGGGACGGCGGCGGCCAACAUCGACCGCGCCGAGGACCGGUCCAAGUUCUCCGCCAUGUGCGACGAGCUGGGCAUCGACCAGCCGGAGUGGUCCCAAUUCGUGCGGCUGGAGGAGGCCACGGACUUUGCUCGGCUGGUGGGGUACCCGGUGCUGGUCAGGCCCUCCUACGUGCUGUCCGGCGCCGCCAUGCGGGUCAUCGACGACGAGCAGCAGCUGAAGGGCUUCCUGGGCACUGCGGCCGUGGUGGAGCAGGAGUUCCCGGUGGUCAUCUCCAAGUACGUGCAGGGUGCUCGAGAGAUCGAGUUUGACGGCAUCGGCCGCAACGGCCAGGUGAUCAACUACGCCAUCUCCGAGCAUGUAGAGGAUGCGGGGACCCACAGCGGCGACGCCACCCUGUUGCUGCCUGCCCAGCGUCUGCAUUUGGAGACCCACCGGCGAGUGAUGCACAUCGCCAGCCAGCUGUGCAAGGCUCUGAACAUCUCCGGCCCCUUCAACGUGCAGUUCAUGGCACUUGAAGACUCUUGCUUCUCCAUGAGGUCCGUGAAAGUCAUCGAGUGCAACGUGCGAGCUUCUCGCACCGUGCCCUUUGUCUCCAAGACCUUCAACGUGAACUUCAUCGAGCAGGCCACUCGCGUGAUGCUGGGGCAGGAGGUGAGCAAGCAGAAGGUUUACGCUCACGACUUCGAGUUUGUGGCCUGCAAGGCGCCCAUGUUCUCCUUCCUGCGGCUGAGCGGCGCGGACCCGCACCUGGGCGUGGAGAUGCAGAGCACGGGCGAGGUGGCCUGCUUCGGGCACAACGCCCACGAGGCCUUCCUGAAGUCUUUGAUCGCCAGCGGCGUGCAGAUCUCCAAAAUCUUCGAGCCCUGUGGCGUGCUGCUGGCGCUCAACCCCAAGGACAAGGCCGCCGUGGCGAAGUACCUGCCGCUCUUGGACGAGAUGGGCUUCAAAAUCUUCGCCACCCACGGCACGGCCUCCUUCUUGGAGGCCAGCAAGCCCCAGCGCAACGCCAACAACAGCGCCAUCUGCGUCACGCCUCUGGCCAAAAGUGCCGACGGCGUCGUUUCCGCCAUCACGGAGAAGACGGUGAAGCUGGUGAUUUGCACGCCUUCCUCGCGGGAUUCGGCAGGCCAGACGCCGGGCUACAAGAUCCGCAGGAAAGCCCUGGAGACGGGCGCGUGCUUGAUUGUGAACAUGCAACAGGCCCUGAUGCUCAUCGAUGCCCUGUACGAGAAGUUCACCCUUGAGCGGCAGGGCAAGGACUUUUGGACCUUGGAUUCCUGGCAGGAGUGCCAUCGAAUCGGCUAAAGAGCUGACUGAUUUGUGAAUUAGGCGGGUUUGACGGCGUGCCUGAGCACACCUUCUUUCGGAUUUCUCUGAAUGGGAAUUUUGUACAGUGUACAGGUUGGGGAUGGAUUUUGAUAGAUUCGUAUCACCAAGCGGGUUGACAACGCUUCACCUCAGUGUGGAAUCUUGUGAGUGGCUGGAGGCCGCGACUCUCUUACUCUUGGCAGCGUUCAGCUGCAGGCAACCUCGAUUGCCAGACCCUUCAUGCACACUUUUGCAGCCUGGGAGGCAGCAAGAAAGAGCUUGCACGAACGUUGAAGCCCUUUCCCCAAAACCACGACCUGGAAACUUCUGUACGCAAUUGCGGCAAGUGAGCUUCU